AUGGUAAUUCGAAAUGUCUACAAGGUGGAGGUGGAUUCAGGAGUGGAGUCUGUUCUGCUCCCCUUCAAGACUACAGUCAGUCUGACUGAAGAAGUCACAGUAAUGUGGAGAAACAACAGUGGCAUGAUGGUUGACUGUAAUUACUUCAAAGAGCUUCAACUCAGGCAGUAUAAAGGCAGAACAGAGAUGAAGGAAAAUUAUAAAUCUAGAGACUUCAGUCUGACCCUGAAGAACCCCACAGACAGAGACAGAGGAAUCUACACCUGCACCGUCUACAGAAAGGAAAAAAUCCUGGCUGAGAAACAAGUACUGCUCAAUGUCAAAGCUGACUCUCCGAUCAUCGCCAUAGACUUUGGUUCAGGAUACAGCGGCUACGCCUUCAAUCUAAAACCCAGAGAGGAAGGAGGUGAGACCCAGUUAAAGAGAUGGGGUAAAGAAGUUGGACUGGACUCCCCAAAGACUCCAACCUGCAUCCUGUUUGAUGAAGAUAAACAAUUCCUGGAGUUUGGUUAUAAAGCUAAAACAGCGUACAGCAACAUGACAGAAGAAGAAGCUGAAAAACAUUAUUUCUUUGAAGACUUCAAGAGGAAUAUCCUGUUCAUGGAAGGACACAGUGUGUACAUGGAAAUCACACUUCUCAGCCUUGACAUAGAGUUUUGCAUCAAGGAGUCGCUUGAGCACUUCCCGGACGUGCUGAAUAUGGGUCUGUUCAUCAGGAGAGAAAAUCAGAAUGUCAUCAACAUAAACAAAGACGCAGACAUUGAGUAG